AACCAACAAGGCACGUGAACUUCUGGUUCUAUGAAGUGGAUUUCUGAUUCAUUUUACAUCUUUCUAUUUCUCCUAUUCUGAUUGUCGCCUGGGUGAAUAUCGUCUGGAGAAGCUUAACUGAUUGGUUCUUUGACAGAUUUAGAUGUGUUUUCCCCUCGGAAGAGAGCUUACCUGAAUAAUGGCUUCUAGAGCUAUUUUGAAGAGAAGGAGGUUUAUUGAUCACUAUGUCAAUAGCUGCGCGCGUUCUAUUGUAAAUUCUCAGUGGCAUGUGAUUGCAGCAGAAAAUUUGAAUUCAAAUCUUCUUCAAACCUCUUCUUUGAAUGCGCCUACAAAUUUCAAGCACAUAAGAGGUUAUGAAAGAAUAUCAUUGCCUCAAGAAGAAUCCUUCAACCUCUCUGCACUGGGACAAUAUAGAAGAAGAUGCUAUGAAAUAACAACAUCUGUUCCCUCUGAUCGUAGAUUGGUGUCGAAUGCUCCGAUAGGCACCAGAUGCUUGUCACAAUCCUUGCAUAGUUUUUCCACGGCGGCUGCUAAACAACCUGAACUCGGUAAUGACGAUGAGAAAAGUGAUGAAAUGGCUGCCAAGAAGAGGAAAGAAGCAUCUCCAGAGGAGUGUGAUCAAGCUGUUGAAGGCUUAAGCACUGUAAAAGCUAAGGCAAAGGCAAAACGGUUACAAGAGCCUCAAAACUUUGUUCGAACUUUUUUAAAGCGAUUGUGGUCUGUGAUUUUGGGGAUUGGUCCUGCUGUUAGAGCUGUAGCAUCUAUGAGCAGGGAGGACUGGGCCAAGAAACUUGUUCAUUGGAAAGGGGAGUUUGUAUCAACGUUGCAACACUACUGGUUGGGUUUCAAGCUGUUGUGGGCGGAUGUGAGAAUCAGCUCAAGAUUGUUGUUGAAACUUGCUGGUGGGAAGAGUCUUUCUAGAAGGGAGAGGCAACAACUGACAAGGACUACUGCUGACAUUUUUAGGCUAGUUCCCUUUGCAGUUUUCAUCAUAGUUCCAUUUAUGGAAUUUUUGCUUCCAGUAUUUCUGAAGUUAUUCCCUAACAUGUUGCCAUCAACAUUUCAAGACAAAAUGAAAGAACAGGAAGCAUUAAAGAGAAGACUCCAAGCUAGAAUAGAGUAUGCAAAGUUCCUCCAAGACACGGUCAAAGAAAUGGCAAAAGAAGUUCAAAACUCACGUAGUGGAGAAAUAAAGCAAACAGCAGAAGAUCUUGAUGAGUUUCUGAACAAGGUUAGAAGAGGUGGCCGUGUCUCUAAUGAUGAAAUUCUGGGCUUUGCUAAGUUGUUUAAUGAUGAACUUACUCUGGAUAAUAUCAGCAGGCCACGGUUGGUCAACAUGUGCAAGUACAUGGGAAUCAGCCCUUUUGGAACUGACGCAUACUUGCGUUUCAUGCUACGAAAACGCCUACAGAGGAUUAAGGAAGAUGAUAUGUUGAUUCAAGCAGAAGGUGUGGAUUCCCUUUCAGAAGCUGAACUCCGUGAAGAUUGUAGAGAGCGAGGCAUGCUUGGUUUGCUUUCUGUUGAAGAAAUGCGCCAGCAGCUUCGGGAUUGGUUGGAUUUAUCACUGAAUCACUCUGUACCGUCAUCUCUUUUGUUACUUUCUAGGGCAUUUACUGUGUCUGGAAGGUUGAAGCCAGAAGAAGCUGUUCAGGCUACACUUUCUUCUCUUCCUGAUGAAGUGGUAGAUACUGUUGGUGUUACCUCUUUACCCUCUGGGGAUUCAGUCUCAGAAAGGAGGAGGAAAUUGGAGUUCCUUGAAAUGCAGGAAGAACUUAUUAAGGAGGAGGAAGAAAGAGAAGAGGUGGAGCAAGCAAAAAUGGAGUCCAAUUCUGGUCAAGACAAUAUGGCCUUGAAAGAGAUAAAUGUUUCCACAGCUUCAGAAGCACAUCAACUUGCUAGAGCUAGGGCAUCGGAAAAGCAGGAGCAGCUCUGUGAACUCAGUCGUGCAUUGGCUGUUUUAGCUUCAGCAUCUUCAGUAAGCAGAGAGCGUGAAGAGUUUUUGAGGCUUGUUAAUAAAGAGAUAGAACUUUAUAACAGCAUGGUAGGAAAAGAUGGUGCAACUGAUGGAAGAGAUGCCUUUAAGGCAUAUAAGGCCGCAAGAGAGGAAAAUGAGCAUACUACAGAGUUGGAUGAACAGGACAAGGUGUCCUCGGCACUCAUAGAGAGAGUUGAUGCUAUGCUCCAAAAUCUUGAGAAGGAAAUAGAUGAUGUUGAUGCAAAAAUAGGUGAUCGUUGGAGACUGCUUGAUAGAGAUUAUGAUGGGAAAGUGACUCCUGAUGAGGUAGCCGCAGCUGCAAUUUACUUGAAGGAUACUUUGGGCAAAGAGGGAAUUCAAGAACUCAUAAGCAAUCUUUCUAAAGAUAGAGAUGGGAAAAUUUUUGUAGAAGACAUUGUCAGAUUGGGCAGUUGGAAAGAUGUGAAUGCGUCCGAAGAUGGGACUGUGUAGAGAGUGAUAUCUCAUUCCACCUUCAGAUAGAUCUUCGUAAUCCAAUUUUGAUAUCCGAUUCCUUGCUUUAAAAAUGGUGUAGGAAUUACGUUUAGAAUCAUUAUUCUUGUUUUAAUUGUAUACAUAAGUGGUAUAAGUUUGUAAAUUCAUAGAAGUUGGUGAAUCAGGCAAAUACACAACAUUAUGGCUUCAUGGCUUUAUUGACUACAUGAAUGCUGCGAACGAAGAAUAAUCGCAAAACGUUUUACUGUGUCAUUGUGAUUAAGUGGCCGAUUGGCUAUGUGGUAAAACUAUAUAUAGAAAUAAUUAAUUUGCAAGUCCAACUGAUUUUUAA